CCGGUGAGCGAGAGAGAAAGAGAGAGAGGGAAAACGACAGAUACGGCACAAGCAGUGGAGAGGCUGUAGCAGUAGCGAUAGCAGAAAGCGAUUCACAGUCCUUCCCCUCACCCAGCCUAGCAUGCAGGCCAGUACCAUGGCAGCCGCAGAUUCGACCAAGAUGGAAGGUUUCUGGAGCAACUGGAAGUGCAAGGUGAUGGAGUUGCUGUACUGGCGGAACCUGAAGCAGAGUGGGCUUGUGUUUGGCAGUUUACUGCUGCUGCUCUUCUCUCUGACGCAGUUCAGUGUGGUCAGCGUGAUGGCCUAUCUGGCCCUGGCCACCCUCUCCGCAACCAUCAGCUUCAGAGUCUACAAGUCCGUGCUGCAGGCUGUGCAGAAAACAGACGAGGGACAUCCCUUCAAAGCAUAUCUGGAGGUGGAGAUGUCACUGUCCCAUGAUCAGAUGCAGAAGUACGCAGAAAACGCCCAGUAUUAUAUCAACAGCACACUGAAAGAACUGCGCAGACUGUUUCUGGUGCAGGAUCUGGUGGACUCACUGAAGUUUGCAGUGCUGAUGUGGUUGCUGACCUAUUUGGGAGCCCUCUUCAAUGGACUCACUCUUCUUAUUAUGGUGGUGGUGUCCAUGUUCUCGAUGCCUGUGGUCUAUGAGAAAUACCAGGCACAGAUUGAUCAGUAUCUGAACCUAAUAAGAACCCAAGUCAACUCUGUGGUAGGAAAGAUCCAGGAGAAGAUUCCUGGGGCCAAACGAAAGGCUGAAUAGGCCCCACAGAGCCCCCUGGAGGAGGUUGUGAGCCGCUGAAUGGCCUAUUAUUGGGAGAGCUGAAAGAUGAUCAAGAGUUCCUCUUUGUACAAGCACACA